AUGGGGCCUCCCAUCUUCCUCCUCUUCCUCGUCCUCACGGCCGUCUCGGUCGUGUCGUCGGCCGCCCGGCGGGAGGCUUUCCGCCGGGACCCAGGGCACCCGCACUGGCACCACGGCGCUUUCCAUGACGUCGAGGGCAGCGUCCGCGCCGACGUCCGCCGCAUGCUCCACACCCGAGCAGAGGUACUCCCAUCUCUUCUCCGCUUCCUCGCCUUCCACACUAAACCUCUCCGCCGGCGCAUCCAUGGCUCACGUGUACCGGUUCCAUUUCAAGUGCCUCUUGAGGUUAAUGUUGUUCUUAUUGGUUUCAAUGGCGAUGGAGGGUAUAGAUACUCUUUGGAUGGGCACAAGCUCGAAGACUUCCUAAAAGUGGGUUUCCCACUUCACAGGCCCUCUUGCUUCGAGACAGGGGAGCCAAUUGAUAUCGAACAUCAUAUUAUGUACAAUGUUAUAGCGGCUGGACAACCGGAGCUGAUUUCUCUUGAGAAGUCACUGAAGGAGGCCAUGCAACCUGCAGGAACUGCAAGAGAUAGUGAAUAUGGCAGGGAAUUGCCUCUAUUUGAAGUAGAAGCGACUGCAGUGGAAUCGAUAUUUCAGAGGCUAUACUCAUUCAUUUUUGACAUGGAGCCUGGUUAUCCUGCAAACGAGAUGGAUAGGCCUGUUCCUGUUGCGAUAUUUGUUGUUAAUUUUGAUAAGGUUAGAAUGGAUCCUCGAAACAAAGAAGUUAAUCUUGAUAGUUUAAUGUAUGGUACAAUUGGUGGACUAACAGAACAAGAACUUAAAAAACAAGAAGCAGAAUACAUUUACCGUUACCGUUACAAUGGCGGUGGGGCAACUCAAGUUUGGCUAAGUUCUGGAAGAUUUGUUGUAAUAGAUCUUUCAGCAGGCCCUUGUACAUAUGGGAAAAUAGAAACUGAAGAAGGCAGUGUCAGCUAUAGGUCAAUGCCACGGCUAUCACAAAUAAUCUUCCCAAGAGGACUUGCUGCCCCAAGUGCUAGUUCAACGCAAGAUAUUUUCAUUGGGCAGCUUGGAGGUUUAAUUUCAACUACCAUUGAGCAUGUGAUAGCUCCUGAUAUAAGAUUCGAAACUGUUGACAUGGCAGUGAGGUUGCUUGUACCUAUUAUUGUGCUACAGAACCACAAUAGGUACAACAUUCUUCAAGAAGGCCAUAACUAUAGCAUAGAUGUUCAAGCUAUAGAAAGGGAGGUUAAAAAGAUGGUCCACCCUGGUCAGGAGGUAAUAAUAAUUUCUGGUUCGCAUGCACUGCACCAGCAUGAAAAGUUAGCUGUUGCAGUUUCCAAAGCAACACGUAGCCAUUCUCUUCAUGAAACAAAGAGUGAUGGCCGAUUUCAUGUCCGUACCAAAACUUACUUGGAUGGAGCAAUACUUAAAGAGGAAAUGGAGCGGUCUGCUGAUGUGCUGUCUGCUGGUUUAUUAGAAGUUGCAAAUCCUUCUCUCUCAAGUAGAUUCUUCCUAAAGCAGCAUUGGACCGAUGGAGAAGAUGAUGUAAAAGAUUCUAUUAAGCACAAGCCCUUGUGGGAAUCUUACAUGCCCAAAAAUAAGAAAGAAAGGAGAGGAACUGGAAAGAAGAAACAUGGAAGUCUGUACAGAACUUAUGGGACCAGAGUGAUCCCAGUUUUUGUAUUAUCACUGACCGAUGUCGAUGCUGAACUUCUCAUGGAAGAGGAAAGUCUUGUUUGGGCAAGUAAAGAUGUUGUUAUUGUGCUUGAGCAUAACAAUGAAAAGAUUCCUCUAAGCUAUGUGUCAGAAACGACUAGGCAGUUUGCUUUUCCAUCUCUCGCACAGCGCCACAUCUUGGCUGGUCUGGCGUCAGCAGUUGGCGGUCUGAGUGCACCAUAUGAAAGGGCAUCACGUAUUCAUGAAAGACAUGUAGUGAACUGGCUGUGGGCUGCAGGCUGUCACCCAUUUGGACCAUUCUCAAACUCCUCCCAGAUCAGUCAAAUUCUCCAGGAUGUAGCACUGAGAACUACAAUUUAUGCUCAAGUCGAUGCUGCUCUUCGCAAAAUAAGAGACACAUCAGAGUUUGUCCAAUCUUUUGCAUCAGAGCAUCUUAAGACGCCAUUAGGAGAACUUGUGAAAGGUAAUAAAAACAAGUCCACCACUGAGUUAUGGGUAGAGAAAUUCUAUAAGAAGGUAACCACUCUGCCGGAGCCUUUCCCCCAUGAUCUUGUUGAGAAGUUAGAAGAGUACCUGGAUAAACUUGAAGGGCAACUCGUGGACUUGUCUUCCUUACUGUAUGACCACCGGCUGGUGGAUGCAUAUCAAAACAGUACCGACAUCCUGCAAAGCACUAUAUUUACACAACAGUAUGUCGAACGUGUUCUAGCUAACGAGAGAGACAGGAUGAAAUGCUGUAGCAUUGAAUAUAGUCAUCCAAAGCAGUCAUCCCAAGCUUUUGUCUAUGGAGGGAUCCUUCUGGCUGGAUUUCUUGUGUAUUCACUGGUUAUUUUCUUCUCUUCACCUGUUCGCUAA